UCUAGACAUCUUGUAGUCUACUGUGGCAUCACUCUAAAGAACCACGGGGAGGCGCUACACCACCGACCUUUCCAGAUUGUGAACUAGUUCCACACUUCACUUAACAAACUGCUCCCAAAUGUAGAUAUUUUUUUCUCCAAAUGGACACUGAUUUUGUCGAGCUAUAUGUCUACAUCAUUUAGGACGUUUUCUUCUCCUUUUUUGUCUCAGAAUGUUUAGGCGCAGGUCUAUUGCUUUGCUUCUCUGUGGUUGACAUAGUACAAGUUCAAGUCGGUCGAAAUGUAGUGCACUUAACGUCACGUGAAUUUGGGUAGGCUUCUGUCCUGUUUGGCAAUCGGCAUUCCUCCUCCUCUCGCUAUUAGUCUCCUGCUAAACACACAACUCGGGUCACUCUCGGAGAGAAUACACUGACAUGUAGGAGUUCGAGACACCGUGAAAACAGCCGACGGUCGCCGGACUACAGAUGGGACAACGGGGUUUUUUUGCACAAAAUUAACCGUUUACCUCAAGCAUAAACUUUCAAAACAACAGGAAAACUUUCCAUAUUAUAUUGAGAACUCCAGGACACAGGCACCAUGGCGAGGUUUUACAGGGAAACCACGAAUCAAUAGAAAGGGUUAUUGCAGCUGUCUUCGGGGUUGGACCAGUUGGGUCAGACGAGAGACUCCACCGUGACAAAGAAGAGUGAUUGACGCACCAUGGAGGGUGGGAACGAUGUGGAUCUGUCCAACAGUAACAUCACCCCGCUGUGGAAGCGACGCUCAGCCAAUCACACUGGCCCCAGCAAGCUGAAGGCCCGGCCCCUCAGCUACCAGAUAGACGGAGUCCACAUGACUGACUUCCCCGUAGAGGACAACAAGUGCAGUUUUACCCUGAGCCAGCCUGCAGARAGACUGGUGGCUACGCCGGGAGGAGGGAUGGUCAUUCUGAAGCACGUUCUCAACCAACCCACCAGGAAAACACGGGUAGUCAGGAGUAUAAGCAUUGGACAUCUGGCCAAAGGACGUUUCUCUCUGUCCAAGUUCAAAUCGGAGGAUGAUACGUCUCUGUCAUUGAACAGUAAGGCAUGCCACGGUGGGAGUGUUGAUCAUGUGUGGUCGGACAAGCCGCUGCUGGACACCCAGAAUCGACUAUCCAGCCCAUUCACUCUCACCGCUCACAGGGACCAGAUAGUGUUUGGGACGAGCCCUUCACCACCGGACUCUGCCUCCUCCAAUCACCCCUCUCCCCCUGCCUCCUCCAAUAACAACCACCACCAUAACCAGACCUCCCCUUCUUCCUACCACCCCUUAACUCCUGUCCCCUCUCCCCCUAACCCCAGCCCCUCUCCCCCUAGUCUCCACACCCCCACCACAUCCCACAGCUCCACCUCCAGUAUCCACUCCCUCUCUUCCCUCAUCUCCACCCCUUCUGACCUCCCCACACCCCACAGCCCCUCCUCUGCUGACAUGUCUGCCCCCUCUCCUUCCCCCUCUCAUUCCCCCACUCCCAGCCUCUCUCCCUCCAUCUCCCUAUCUCCUCCUCCCUCCAUUGUCCUCAGCACCCACAGUGCAGCUGCCCUGAAGAUGGGCACACAGCAGCUGAUCCCCAAAGGGCUGGCAUCCCUGAGCAAGGCCUCUCCUGCUGGGGUACAGAKCCAGGGCCUGGGGGGUCUGCUGGGCCUGGAUCCUACSAAGCGGGCCCUGCGAGCCCUCAGCAUGGUGGAGACUGGAUCCUUCUUCUCCACUGGCGUAGGGUCCGGGGGAGGAGGGACAGACCAGGAUGAGAGCCCUGGGACUCUGAAGAGAGGGUUGAGGUCUACCUCGUACAGGAGAGCAGUGGUGAGUGGAGUGGAAAUGGAAAUAACAUCUGAUGACCUCAAGUCCCAUCGUCUGUCCCAACCUGUAGACCCAAAGAGCCAUCGUCUGUCCCAACCUGUAGACCCAAAGAGCCAUCGUUUGUCCCAACCUGUACUCAAAGGACUACAGGAGGUCAAGGAGAGACCUACCAGCCCUGGGAAGAAGAACAAGAGUCCUGAUAAGAAGCCAGGACUGAUCACACAGAGGACAUUUGACAGUGAAGUCAACCUGUCUGUCUGUGGUGUGAUCCAGGGAGAGAACUGUAUCAGAAACUACCAGGAGAAAGCUCUUCACAAUGACUCUGAUGAGGACCAGUCCAGAGAGCCCAAACCUGACGACCGCAUCGUGAUGCAGUACAGACCCAUACGCACCUCCUGGAGCCAACUCAGUGUGGUGAAGAAGAGUGGAGUUUCUGAUAAGCUCAGCCAGGAGGAGCGGAAAAGACAAGAAGCCAUAUUUGAGUUGAUAUCGUCAGAACACUCCUACCUCCACAGUCUGGAGGUUCUGAUCCGGAUGUUUCAGAACUCAGCCGAGCUCAGUGACGCCAUGACCAAGACCGAGCACCACCACCUCUUCUCCAACAUCACAGACGUGUGUGAGGCCAGCAAGAAGUAGGUUGUGUGUGUGUGUGUGUGUGUACGCUUGCCUUAGCUAGAGAAAG